AGAAAAUCGAAAGAAAUCAUGCACCCGGAUUAUUCCUCGGACUCGUCGUCGUCCAGCUGCAGCACAGCAUCGCCUGGCGGGGACACUCUUGGGUGCAGCCUGCAGCCUCUGUCACCGGCACCUGACAACGACCAGGAGGUGGAGAGCGGCGCGUCGGACUGCGUGGUCCCCAGCGCGGAUGCCAUCUCGCCGGAUCGGUGGCGCACGUCUCAACCGAGCGUCUCGCCUUCCAAAGAGGGCAGCAGGGGCCAGACGCCUUUUAAGAAGAAGGCCAAGCCCUCCGCCUGCAUAAAAGGGCACAAAAACAAGCCUUCCAAAGAAGAGGACGAGAGGCGGAGAAUUCGCCGGGAGCGGAACAAAAUUGCUGCGGCAAAAUGCCGGAACAGGCGCAGGGAGCUGAUCGACACGCUGCAAGCUGAAACUGACCAACUGGAAGAGGAGAAGUCCAUCCUUCAGUCGGAGAUAGACGAGCUCCUGAAGGAGAAGGAGCGCCUGGAGCAGGUGUUGUCCUCGCACGACUCCUCCUGCUGUAAGCUGGAGGAGAAAGCUGACGAGGACGAAGACACGAUGACGUCGCCCGAAAGCCUGGCCCAAGUCCGCUGCAUCCCGGCCGCCGCCAUCUUCGGCAACUCCAACCUCCUCCUGUCCUCCAACCUGGAGGAGGACCAAGACGAGAGCCUGGAGGAUCUGAAGGACGACCUGGACGACUUGGUCCCCAGUCUUGAGAUGGAGGCGUCCGAGGAGGGGGAGGCGGCGGCCGGGGCCUUCGUCCCCGACAUCGUGGACCUGAGCGGGCCUCUCUGCCUGCCCGACUGGGAAACCUUGUACAAGUCGGUGGCCGACGACCUGGAAUGUCUGGCCGCGCCGCUCGCCGCGUCUUCCGGCCCCUCGUGGGGGGGGGGCAUCUACCGCACCGGCGUCUUCUCCUUCAACUUGGCCGACUUGGACGCCCUGGCGGAGGACGCCCGGAGCGGCCCGGAAGACAGUCUCAACUCACCGACGCUCCUGGCGUUGUGAAUGGAAAAGGGAAAAAAAAAAAAAAGCAAGUACAAUGUAGGGUGAAUCAUAUCCGUACUAUAUAUCAAAUAUCUAUCGUAAAAACGCCAAACUGUGAUCUAGAGGGGUUCACUGUACUCUUGUUUUUUUUUUGGGUAGUGUAUGUUUGCUGUUGUUGAAACUUCCAAAGUGCAGCGGGGGCUGAAUUCUUCCAUUCUGGUGCAAGUGCGGUUGUCCAAAAUGAACGCUUCACAAAUACAUGCAUGCAAAUCUCUUACAACAAGUGUCUUUUAUCCCUUAGCUGUCAUGUAAAGGCGGAUCGAAACAUGUAUAGGUGCUGUAGACAAACUUGUGAUGUAACAAUUACCAAAAGAGUCACCGACGUGUAGCAUUUUACGUCUUGCCAUGUAAUGUCAUAUUUCAAUGUUUGUGCCAUCUCUAUUUUACUGGGACAUAUUUUAUGACAUAGUUUAUUUUUUUACAGAUGGAAAAUAUGCGAUGCAAAGAGGGGAAAAAUAAACGGUGACAUUGAAA